AUGACGUCGUUACUUUCACAGGAACUGCGGCACCUUUUAAAUCCAGUCUGGAUACUCAUUAAAGAUGUUCGUGGUCUUCCACUGCUCAGCCAGCCUCCCCAGCAGGCGCGACUCAAUGAUAGUCCUGGGGUUCCUGCAGAAUCCAUUGGGGCAAUAUCACCAUCAACAACACCGGCAUUAGGAGCAGCAGCGGCAACUGCUGCUGUGCCCGCUGCUCCUGCUGCGCUUUCCAGUGUACCUGCAAGCGAUAUAAAAGGAGCCCGUGACGAACUGCAAGCUAGGGGGCAUUCUCUCAGUCAGGCGAAAAACCCUCCAGAAGCUGUUUCUCAGUACUUUGCACGUGCUCAUGCCUUUCGAACAGUCUUAGAAACCGAGCCGAAGGAGCUAUCUUCUGCUUCAACGGCAAAUGCCAUAAGAUGGAAUGCAGGCUUUCUUUGUUUCUGGGGGCCGUCAGCGGCUGAUCAAAACGAGCUUAAAGAUUUUAUUGAGGAGCGCAGAUUCAGAGUUGAGCUUCAUCAAGCAGCAGAGAGUUCAGGACGUACGGACACAUCAGAGUCAUGCUCUAACAUCACUGACGUUCAGUACCGAGAGAAAGCUACAGGGCGCAUGCCCACAAAGCCUCAAAAGGCUGCAGCAGGAACUCCAUCAAAAGCCCGAAGGCAGACGGCAAAAUCACAGCGCUCUGCAAUAAAUCCCGCAGAGAGCGGUGGGCCUUCAAGUACCUCACCUCCAGGCUACGUUAAUUAUUUACCAGCGUCUUCAGAUGCAACGCGACUCCGGCCUCCCCUUGCAGUCGCGUCAUUCUGUUUGACGGCUUUAUCUAGCUGUAUGGCCACCCAUCUUGUAUUCUGCACUGAUGUUCUGCCAUUUUCUGGGCACCUAGUCGGAAAAGAAGGCAGCGAAACAUCUCAGCCGAGACAUAUCAAGGGUCCCGAGUUCAUGGAAAGUGGUGUCCGCAUGUCAAUAGAAAUCAGGCUUGCAGAACCGCUCUUUAAAGGCGACGUGGUGGAGCGGAGUGUCCCCUUGCUGCUGCCAAAACAAGAAAUAAAUCGCUUAUUUCUUGUGGCUCCGCUGGAAAGCCGACUGGCUAAGCAGGCGAGGCAAUUAGGAGAGGAAGAUAAAGAUCGAUGUUCGAGCGUUGAAAAGCUAGAAGGUAAUGAAAAUAAAGUGGGGCUCGCGACAUCGGGAGAAGUUGAGGCUGAAUCUUUGACUGGCUUUCUUGUCGAAGAUACCAGGCUUCUCUAUGGCGUCAUUGAGGGCUGUGCUAAUGGCUGCUUAGUGGAUGCGGCGAAACUCCUGUUAAGAGUGAUGAAAGAAGAGAAAGGAAGCGGCUCAAGAUUGCUAUACAAUUCUUGUCUGCGUUUUACUGAUAGACGCUACUCUGUGGCUAGCCUUGCACAGACUAUAGACCUAAGGACUCCCUUGGGAGAGCUUGUCACGUGUAGGGCACUGUUUGAUAAAAAUAAUGCUGCUGCGUUGCCUGUUCUUUCUGGUCUUUCGAAACUGCAAAUGGCAACUUUAUUUACUCGCGCGGCUGACCUCAAGUGCCAGGAUCUGUUCCCCACCGCCGAAGAACUGCAAAGUAUAGGCGAGUUUGUAUCGAAGCAAAAAUAG